AUGGAAACGACAAAGAAGGCACCUCAGUCCCCUUCGUUCGCCAGCGAGUGCCGCUUCUGCGGAACCUACAGCAACGUGAUCGUGGACCUGUUCAAAAAUGGACUGGCGCAAAAGGCCGAAAAGAGCUUCUACCUCGCGAUUGAACCAACAGAUUACCUCCCAAAGUUCAUCUGUAAAGAGUGUGAAAGUUCCUUGUGUGCAGCAUACGCCUUCGGAGCGAAAACACGACUCGUGGAAAAAGAACUGAGGCGGAAGUAUUGUCCACCGGUGGAAGAUUACAUGACUGUUGAGUAUCUGGAAGAAGAAACUCCGUUUGAAUACUUGACCUAUGAAUCCGAUCCGGUCGGUUUAGCGUUGGAGAAGCUGAAGACCACGUCGAUUGUGAUCAAAAAGAUUUCGCACCAGGAACACCGAAAGGUUUCACAAUUUGAGCCAGUUGUUGCCGCCGUAGAGGAUCAGAAAGAGUCGAGCCCACAACCUCUGAAAAAGCACAAACGAUACGAAGCUGAAACGGUGAUCAAAUUAAUCGAACCAGUGCCAUGCAUUUGUCUGGGCUGUUCUGGGAGGUUUAGCUGCGUGGAUGAACUUUUGAAGCAUAAAAAUGAAUGUAACCCUAACAGCUACACGUGUUUGAAGUGUAGCUCGGUUUUCGAAAAUCAGCUAGCAUUGAAAAGGCACCAGCAGAAGCAUUACAGUUAUGUCUAUCGAUAUGGGUGCCCUUCGUGCGAUAAAAUCUUUAAGAACUCUUUCGAUUUGGACAACCAUCGGGCGAGGGAUCAUGGCGAAGAGGUCGAAGAGCUGGGGUACGCAUAUCGAUGCUGUAAUCAGGAAUUUCAAACAAGGAAAGCACUGCACGAGCAUGCCGCAUGUCAUAAAGAAGAUCCCGUGUUGUGCGCAGUUUGUGGCAGAAGCUACAAGAACAAGGCAACUCUGAUGUGGCAUCAGAAGAUACACUCCGACUAUCGACCGUGGGUUUGUGAGGUCUGUGGGGUUGGUUUCAGGAAAAGGGCAAACCUAUUUCAGCACAGGCAGCAGCAUACGGGGGUGAAGCUGUUCAAGUGUGACCAGUGUCCGAAGCAGUACGGAAAGAAGGACUCGCUGAAGAAGCACUACCGGAAGUGCCAUUCCACGGAACCGAUUAUGUGGUCCCAAACGGGAGAGAAGCUGGGGCUGACCAGAAAGCGAGUUGCUCAGGAUCAUUCGUAUGAAGGACCACCACCGGUGGUGAAAGAUGCACCAGAAAACGACGACGUUGGAAGGGAGGAAGAGGUAAAUGAUGAAUAG